UAUCUGUCAGCGAGAGUACACGGAGUAAAUAGUCUCCAUUUAUUUGCAAUGAGGGGAGGCCUGCACUGCAUGAACAUUCAAACUAGCUGAGGGAAUAGUUUCUCGUCAACAAAUUGUCUUCCCCUUUGUAUUGCUAGAAUUUUAAAAAAGCAAGAAACACACAAGACAAUAUAGCUAGCUACAGCAAGUCGUUGGGCCUUUGCGUUGAAGAGAACCGUUAUAAACAGCUAGCCAGGCAGGUUUGAGAGAAGGCGCUAGCUAACGGCUAAUGUUAGCUUGCUGACUUCUUGUCUUGGACAUACAGUAUCUUGUCAUUUCGGAGCUGAGCCAUUUCCGUAGGAGAACUAAACCCUGGCUACUGAGUGGAAGAGAAGUUGACUGGUGUCUGAAGAUGAUCAUAGAAAACCUAGAUGCCUUGAAAACGUGGCUUUUCAAAACCCUCGAACCAAUGUAAGUAGCUACAUAACGUUAGCAGCAUUAGCUUGCCAGCACCAGAUGCAACGACAUGACUGAAGACAUGGCUAGCAUCGUUGGAUGCUAACUGGCUAGCUAGUUAAUGUUUCUAUCAUUGUGGCUAGAUAUUUAAAACAAAAAUAGGAGUUUAUAGUUGAGAAAUGGUCUGUUAUCUUUUAAUCGAUUGGUCUUCUCGGUAUGGUAAGAAUAUAUCCUAACUAAUUGUGUUAUUGUAUAGCUAGGGUUGUCUGGCUAACUCUGUAUUUGUGCCAACACUUUUCCUCUCUAGUUGUGAUGCGGACCCUUCUGCCCUCGCUAACUACGUCGUUGCCUUGGUGAAGAAAGAUAAAAGUGAGACGGAGCUCAAAGCCCUGUGCAUCGACCAGUUGGAUGUAUUUCUACAGAAAGGUACUUACUUCAAACAAAUGUAUAGUCGCGACCUAAUAUGCAAUGUGUCAGUGUCAGCCCAAUACGAUACGAUACGCUCACACCUCGUCUUCCUCCCCUCGUCUUCCUCUCCUGUCUUCUCCGCCAGAGACGCAGACCUUUGUUGAUAGACUGUUCGAAGCUGUGAACGCCAAAAGCUACCUACCUCAGCAAGACCAUCAGCCAGGCUCCGCGGUCAAAGCAGAGGCGACCAGGACGGACAAGGACGACCAGAGGAAAGAUGAGGUGACUGGCUGAGUCAUGUCCAAAGGCGCCAACACUUAGAGGGCAUGUUUACUCUGUGUCUGGGGGGGGGAACCGACACGUCUUCUCUUGAACAGUGACGCUACAGGAAACACACCUGCGGUAGAGUCUAGUGCCUCCGCAUAGCUGGCAUUGGAAAGUUACACUCCACAGUCCUAACAGUAGAGAUCUAUUGUCCAAUAGGAUUCUUUGUAAACAUGAAGUGGGAUGUUUUGUAAAUGGUAAACAGGAUGAGAUCAAUGCAAUUCAUCUACUGGUACUUUGAGUAUCUUAUUCCAACCUUGGGUGUGUUUUCCAGCCAAGUCGUGAGGAGGACCGGGGCAAGAAGUUCUCCAGGAGAGUGAACUACAGUCCCCCGUCCAGCUCCCCGUACAGCAGAGACAGCAGGUCAGUGUCAACAUGGUCCCCUGUAGCUCAAUUGGUAGAGCACGGCGCUAUUAACGCCAGGGUAGUGGGUUCGAUCCCCGGGACCACCCCAUACGUAAACAUUUAUGCGCACAUGACUGUAAGUGGCUUUGGAUAAAAGCGUCUGCUAAAUGGCAUAUUAUUAUUAUUAUGACAACAUCUUAAAUAGUUCCCUAUUAAAUUGACCUGGUCAAAAUUAGUGUACUAUAUAGGGAAUAGGGUGUCAUAGGGCUCUGGUGUAAAGUAGUGUACUAUAUAGGGAAUAGGGUGCUAUUUGAGUCAGAAGCAUAAAUACCCACACCUGGUCAAGUCUACCUGUCUCUGUCCUCCCCUACUGUUCACUGGGUUGUUGGCUAAAUGACUGUGUUCUCCCCCCUCUCUCUCGCUCUCUCUCUCUCUUUCUCUCUCCUCCUCUCCUCUCUCUCUCCUCCUCCAUGAUCUCUCUCUCUCUCUCUCUCUCUCUUCUCUCUCCGCUCUCUCAUCGCUCUCUCUCUCAUCUCUCCCUCCUCCCUCUCGCUCUCACUCCCUCUCCCCUCUCGCUCCCUCCCUCUCGCUCUCCCUCCUCCCCUCUCGCUCUCCCCCUCCCCUUUCGCUCUCCCCCCCUCCCCGUUCGCUCUCCCUCCUCCCCUCUCGCUCUUCCCUCCCUCCCCCCCCCCUCCUCUCCCUCCUCCCCUCUCUCUCCCUCUCGCUCUCAUCUCCUCUCUCUCUCCUCCCUCUCUCUCCCUCCUCCCCCUCUCCUUCCUCCCCCUCUCUCUCUCCUCCCCUCCCCUCCUCUCUCCCUCCCCCCCUCCCUCCCCCCCUCUCUCUCUCUCCCCCUCCUCCCCUUCCCCUAUCGUUUCUCAGACGAGGGAUGACCGUAAAAGGGACGACCGUCCCAGGAAGCAAAACGAUUACGACCGCAACCCCCCGAGAGGGGACUCUACCGGGACCGUUACAACCGUAGGCGGGGUCGUAGCUACAGCCGCAGCAGGAGCAGGAGCAAGGACCGGGCCAGGGACCGGGACCGGGACAGAGAAACCGAGCCAGGGGGUCACAGCAGGAGUCACUCCAGGAGCAGGGAGGGGAAGGAGGGAGGGAGGGAGGGGGAGAAAGAGGAGGGAGGAGGAUGGAGGGAGGAGGGAGGAGGGAAGGAGGAGGAGAGGAGGUGUCUAAAAUUUCGUUUCGUGCUUCGUUCUCGGUUUUUUUCGGGUUUUUAUGGUUUUCUGGUCUUUCUGGCUUUCUUAUUGGAUUGCUUUUUUCUUCCGUUCUUCUUCUUCUUCUUUUCUUCCUCUCUCUUUUGUUCUUUCUUUCUUUCUUCUCCUUUUCCCUGCUUCUUCGCUCGUUCUUUCUUCGUUAGUCGCAUAGAUGGGGGAGGGAGAACCCGGGAGUGACUCCAGCCAGACCGACCCAAACCUUGCUUGUGUUCCAGCACACCUGAUUUAAAAUAUCAAGGUUAAGACGGAAGACCAUGAUCAGUUGAUUAUUUGAAAGUCAGUAUGUCUGGCUGUUCGACUAGUGCUGGGCUGGAACAAAAGCAUGCACGCCCAGCCGCUCUACCUCCUGCUCUAGAUAUCAUGACUGUUUACAUUGUCCUACUUCCUGCCACUUCCACUAUCCUUCUGAUCACAGAGCGGGAUGCUGGGAAGUCAAAGUAUGAGGCCGACCGAGGAGACCGGGGGAAGGAGGUUGGAGCUGGUGACGGCCUCCUGCCGAUCCCCACGGCAACCACCACGUUCCCCGUGCCGACGCUCAGCAGCACCAUCACGGUGAUCGCCCCUCAAGGUAACCACAGCAACACCUCUGUGACGGACAGCUGGUCGGACUUCCACACGGAACACUCACUAGACCGGCCCCCUCCGCCACCGCCCUUCAACCGGGGUCCGCCCCCUCAGCAAAGGAAACGUUGCCGUGACUACGACGGUAAGCAGGAAGGAAGUUCACAUGCCUAAAGAUGUUUUUUGUUUUUACACCAAAACUGUAUUUUAAUGUCCAGUAUGACUGAGGACAAGGAGAAGGUUUGGAGUGAUUUGUAUUCCUUCUGUCUUCUGUUCCGGAGAAGGCCUUCUGUAUCUAACUGUCCUCUAUCUGUGCUUCUUGACAAUGGUUUGUUCUGUAUGCGUGGAGCCAUGACAGAUGGUGUUGUUUCUGUGUGCAGUCUUAUCUGUUUACUGUAUAGUGUUGAUGUGUUGUCUUCCAGAGAAGGGCUUCUGUAUGCGUGGGGACAUUUGCCCGUUCGACCACGGUAUUGAUCCAGUGGUGGUGGAGGACGUUAAUCUGCCCAACAUGUUCCAAGCCCCUCCCCCUGUCCCGGGGGUCGCCCAGCCCCCCCCAAGCUUACCGCCCCCCCCAGGACCUCCCCCUCUCAUGACCCCAGCGCCCGUCAACCUCCGCCCCCCUGUGCCCCUGCCAAGCAGCCUGCCGCCAGGUAGGAAAUCACUGGAUCUAUUUAAAACGCCCCUUGGCUUAAGACGCAUCGUUUGCAUCCCAAAUGGCACCCUGUAGAGUGCACUUCUUUUGACCGUAGUCCGUAGGGUGUUUGCCCUCCUAUAGAGAUCUCCAUAGAGACAAUAAUUCACUAGAGUGUUUGUUGUCAGACUUGCGUAGUUCUAUAAUGUUCUGUUAAUGGCAGCCGUCUUGGUCAGGAAUAAAUCAGAAACCAUUCUAGUGUUUUAUUUAAUUCUGUGCCCCCCCCACCAGGGCCCCCCCCUCCAGGCAUCAGGGAUGGAUGCUCCUCCUAACUCCGUUCCCACUAUCGUAACCACAGGGAUACGAUCCUCCAUCCCCCAGGUCCCACCGCCUCUCUUCUCACCAGGUAGGUUUGAGAUGGAGCUAUGUGUGUGUGUGUGUGUGUGUGUGAGUUGACAACCAGAGGGUUUGCUAGUGUCAAAUCCUAGGUGCCAUCUCCUGCCGUUGUGCCCUUGAGCAAGGCACUUACUCCUCCCUAACCGCUGCAUAAUGUGCCCUACAGUUAUCAACUUCUCCAACAUCUGUAUCCGUGUGUCUUUUCAGAGGGGAAGGGAUAAUGUGGAAGUUAAAUGUCUUCUCUCUUUUGAGUCAGUGUUGUUGUCUCUCUCUCUCUCUCUCUGUCUCUCUUGCUCUCUCUCUCUCUCUCUCUCUCUGUUCUCUCUCUCUGUCUCUCUCUCUGUCUCUGUUCUCUCUCUCUGUCUCUCUCUCUGUCUCUGUCUCUGUCUCUGUCUCUGUCUCUCUCUGUCUCUCUGUCUCUCUGUCUCUCUGUCUCUCUGUCUCUGUCUCUCUGUCUCUCUGUCUCUCUGUCUCUCUGUCUCUCUGUCUCUCUGUCUCUCUGUCUCUCUCUCUGUCUCUGUCUCUCUCUGUCUCUCUCUGUCUCUCUCUGUCUCUCUCUGUCUCUCUCUGUCUCUCUCUGUCUCUGUCUCUCUGUCUCUGUCUCUGUCUCUGUCUCUGUCUCUGUCUCUGUCUCUGUCUCUGUCUCUGUCUCUCUCUCUCUCUCUCUGUCUCCUCCUCCUCUCUCUCUGUCUCCUCCUCCUCUGUCUCUCUCUCUCUCUCUCUCCCCCCCAGACCAGUAUGAUUCUGACAUGUAUAACCCUGAAGCUCCCAGCCUCACCAACACAUCCAGACCUGUGUACCGCCACAGGGUCAACGCCCAAAGACCCAACCUCAUAGGACUGACUAUGGGGGAGGACCUGCCUCACAGAGACCGAGGUACACACCUUCAACACAACUAGUCUAGAUGGGGAUUUAGAGGGAAGCUGAAGCUGGGACAGAGGUACACACCUUCAACACAACUAGUCUAGAUGUGGAUUUAGAGGGAAGCUGGGACAGAGGUACACACCUUCAACACAACUAGUCUAGAUGGGGAUUUAGAGGGAAGCUGGGACAGAGGUACACACCUUCAACACAACUAGUCUAGAUGGGGAUUUAGAGGGAAGCUGGGACAGAGGUACACACCUUCAACACAACUAGUCUAGAUGUGGAUUUAGAGGGAAGCUGGGACAGAGGUACACACCUUCAACACAACUAGUCUAGAUGGGGAUUUAGAGGGAAGCUGAAGCUGGGACGGAGGUACACACCUUCAACACAACUAGUCUAGAUGUGGAUUUAGAGGGAAGCUGAAGCUGGGACAGAGGUACACACCUUCAACACAACUAGUCUAGAUGGGGAUUUAGAGGGAAGCUGAAGCUGGGACAGAGGUACACACCUUCAACACAACUAGUCUAGAUGUGGAUUUAGAGGGAAGCUGAAGCUGGGACAGAGGUACACACCUUCAACACAACUAGUCUAGAUGUGGAUUUAGAGGGAAGCUGGGACAGAGGUACAACACCUUCAACACAACUAGUCUAGAUGGGGAUUAGAGGGAAGCUGGGACAGAGGUACACACCUUCAACACAACUAGUCUAGAUGUGGAUUUAGAGGGAAGCUGGGACAGAGGUACACACCUUCAACACAACUAGUCUAGAUGGGGAUUUAGAGGGAAGCUGAAGCUGGGACAGAGGUACACACCUUCAACACAACUAGUCUAGAUGUGGAUUUAGAGGGAAGCUGGGACAGCGAUGGGGAGGGACCUUCAACACAACUAGUCUAGAUGUGGAUUUAGAGGGAAGCUGGGACAGCGAUGGGGAGGGACCUUCAACACAACUAGUCUAGAUGUGGAUUUAGAGGGAAGCUGAAGCUGGGACAGAGGUACACACCUUCAACACAAACUAGUCUAGAUGUGGAUUUAGAGGGAAGCUGGGACAGAGGUACACACCUUCAACACAACUAGUCUAGAUGGGGAUUUAGAGGGAAGCUGAAGCUGGGACAGAGGUACACACCUUCAACACAACUAGUCUAGAUGGGGAUUUAGAGGGAAGCUGAAGCUGGGACAGAGGUACACACCUUCAACACAACUAGUCUAGAUGUGGAUUUAGAGGGAAGCUGAAGCUGGGACAGAGGUACACACCUUCAACACAACUAGUCUAGAUGUGGAUUUAGAGGGAAGCUGGGACAGAGGUACACACCUUCAACACAACUAGUCUAGAUGGGGAUUUAGAGGGAAGCUGAAGCUGGGACAGAGGUACACACCUUCAACACAACUAGUCUAGAUGGGGAUUUAGAGGGAAGCUGAAGCUGGGACAGAGGUACACACCUUCAACACAACUAGUCUAGAUGGGGAUUUAGAGGGAAGCUGGGACAGAGGUACACACCUUCAACACAACUAGUCUAGAUGUGGAUUUAGAGGGAAGCUGGGACAGCGAUGGGGAGGGGGGCUCACUAACCCAGACUGGUCUGAUCUAAUCCAUCCAGUCACAUUUUAUUUUUAUGAAUUCCCAGAUAAGAUGCCCAACAGCAACAGAAUGAGGAUCGUUCUGGAGUCCGACUCUAGGAAGAGAUCAGCUGUCUCAAACGACAGAGGGAUGCCCCCCAUGAAACCCUGGUCCGACAAGUAAGAACUCACACCCCCUGGUCCGACAAGUAAGAACUCACACCCCCUGGUCCGACAAGUAAGAACUCACACCCCCUGGUCCGACAAGUAAGAACACACACCCCCUGGUCCGACUAGUAAGAACACACACCCCCUGGUCCGACAAGUAAGAACACACACCCCCUGGUCCGACUAGUAAGAACUCACACCCCCUGGUCCGACAAGUAAGAACACACACCCCCUGGUCCGACUAGUAAGAACACACACCCCCUGGUCCGACUAGUAAGAACACACACCCCCUGGUCCGACUAGUAAGAACACACACCCCCUGGUCCGACUAGUAAGAACACACACCCCCUGGUCCGACAAGUAAGAACACACACCCCCUGGUCCGACUAGUAAGAACUCACACCCCCUGGUCCGACAAGUAAGAACACACACCCCCUGGUCCGACUAGUAAGAACACACACCCCCUGGUCCGACUAGUAAGAACACACACCCCCUGGUCCGACUAGUAAGAACACACACCCCCUGGUCCCGACUAGUAAGAACACACACCCCCUGGUCCGACAAGUAAGAACUCACACCCCCCUGGUCCGACUAGUAAGAACACACGCCCCCUGGUCCGACUAGUAAGAACACACACACCCUGGUCCGACAAGUAAGAACUCACACCCCCUGGUCCGACAAGUAAGAACACACACCCCCUGGUCCGACUAGUAAGAACACACACCCCCUGGUCCGACAAGUAAGAACACACACCCCCUGGUCCGACUAGUAAGAACACACACCCCCCUGGUCCGACAAGUAAGAACUCACACCCCCUGGUCCGACUAGUAAGAACACACACCCCCUGGUCCGACUAGUAAGAACACACGCCCCCUGGUCCGACUAGUAAGAACACACACCCCCUGGUCCGACUAGUAAGAACACACACCCCCUGGUCCGACUAGUAAGAACACACGCCCCCUGGUCCGACUAGUAAGAACACACGCCCCCCUGGUCCGACUAGUAAGAACACGCCCCUGGUCCGACUAGUAAGAACACGCCCCCCCUGGUCCGACUAGUAAGAACACACGCCCCCUGGUCCGACUAGUAAGAACACACGCCCCUGGUCCGACUAGUAAGAACACACACCCCCUGGUCCCGACUAGUAAGAACACACACCCCCUGGUCCGACUAGUAAGAACACACACCCCCUGGUCCCGACUAGUAAGAACACACACCCCCUGGUCCCGACUAGUAGGAACACGCCCCCUGGUCCCGACUAGUAAGAACACACACCCCCUGGUCCGACUAGUAAGAACACACACCCCCUGGUCCGACUAGUAAGACUCUGUUUUGUUUUCAUUUAAUUCAUUUAACUGCCUGAAGCGGGUACAAACUGAACUGAACCCAACCUUGACCUGAAGACAUGAGACAGCAGAAUGACAGGGUUAUAGUCUGAAGACAUGAGACAGUUGAAUGACAGGGUUAUGGUCUGAAGACAUGAGACAGUUGAAUGACAGGGUUAUAGUCUGAAGACAUGAGACAGCAGAAUGACAGGGUUAUAGUCUGAAGACAUGAGACAGUUGAAUGACAGGGUUAUAGUCUGAAGACAUGAGACAGUUGAAUGACAGGGUUAUAGUCUGAAGACAUGAGACAGUUGAAUGACAGGGUUAUAGUCUGAAGACAUGAGACAGUUGAAUGACAGGGUUAUGGUCUGAAGACAUUAGACAGUUGAAUGACAGGGUUAUAGUCUGAAGACAUGAGACAGCAGAAUGACAGGGUUAUAGUCUGAAGACAUGAGACAGUUGAAUGACAGGGUUAGGGUCUGAAGACAUGAGACAGUUGAAUGACAGGGUUAUAGUCUGAAGACAUUAGACAGUUGAAUGACAGGGUUAGGGUCUGAAGACAUGAGACAGUUGAAUGACAGGGUUAUGGUCUGAAGACAUGAGACAGUUGAAUGACAGGGUUAUGGUCUGAAGACAUGAGACAGUUGAAUGACAGGGUUAUAGUCUGAAGACAUGAGACGGUUGAAUGACAGGGUUAUAGUCUGAAGACAUGAGACAGUUGAAUGACAGGGUUAUGGUCUGAAGACAUUAGACAGUUGAAUGACAGGGUUAGGGUCUGAAGACAUGAGACAGCAGAAUGACAGGGUUAUAGUCUGAAGACAUGAGACAGCUGAAUGACAGGGUUAUAGUCUGAAGACAUGAGACAGUUGAAUGACAGGGUUAUAGUCUGAAGACAUGAGACAGUUGAAUGACAGGGUUAUGGUCUGAAGACAUGAGACAGUUGAAUGACAGGGUUAUAGUCUGAAGACAUGAGACAGUUGAAUGACAGGGUUAUAGUCUGAAGACAUGAGACAGCUGAAUGACAGGGUUAUAGUCUGAAGACAUGAGACAGUUGAAUGACAGGGUUAUAGUCUGAAGACAUGAGACAGUAGAAUGACAGGGUUAGGGUCUGAAGACAUGAGACAGUUGAAUGACAGGGUUAUAGUCUGAAGACAUGAGACAGUUGAAUGACAGGGUUGUAGUCUGAAGACAUGAGACAGCAGAAUGACAGGGUUAUAGUCUGAAGACAUGAGACAGUUGAAUGACAGGGUUAUAGUCUGAAGACAUGAGACAGUUGAAUGACAGGGUUAUAGUCUGAAGACAUGAGACAGUUGAAUGACAGGGUUAUGGUCUGAAGACAUGAGACAGUUGAAUGACAGGGUUAUAGUCUGAAGACAUGAGACAGUUGAAUGACAGGGUUAUGGUCUGAAGACAUGAGACAGGGUUAUAGUCUGAAGACAUGAGACAGUUGAAUGACAGGGUUAUAGUCUGAAGACAUGAGACAGUUGAAUGACAGGGUUAUGGUCUGAAGACAUGAGACAGGGUUAUGGUCUGAAGACAUGAGACAGUUGAAUGACAGGGUUAUAGUAUGAAGACAUGAGACAGUAGAAUGACAGGGUUAUAGUCUGAAGACAUGAGACAGUAGAAUGACAGGGUUAUAGUCUGAAGACAUGAGACAGUUGAAUGACAGGGUUAUAGUCUGAAGACAUGAGACAGUUGAAUGACAGGGUUAUAGUCUGAAGACAUGAGACAGUAGAAUGACAGGGUUAUAGUCUGAAGACAUGAGACAGUUGAAUGACAGGGUUAUGGUCUGAAGACAUGAGACAGGGUUAUGGUCUGAAGACAUGAGACAGUUGAAUGACAGGGUUAUAGUCUGAAGACAUGAGACAGUAGAAUGACAGGGUUAUAGUCUGAAGACAUGAGACAGUUGAAUGACAGGGUUAUAGUCUGAAGACAUGAGACAGUUGAAUGACAGGGUUAGGGUCUGAAGACAUGAGACAGCAGAAUGACAGGGUUAUAGUCUGAAGACAUGAGACAGCAGAAUGACAGGGUUAGGGUUACAUAGACCAUCAUAGAACCACAACAAUAGGACAACAGUUAAGUCCCAUUUUUGAUUUUUAGUUCAUCUAACAUGUCAAUAACCUUUUACACACAAAAAAAAAAAAACAUGUUUGAACACAAACCAGUACAGGAGCUGUUCCUGUAAUCUCCUUGUGUUCUGUCAGACCUAACUUCAACCAGCAGAACCUCCAGGGUGGGUUCCACACCAAGAACCCUCCCCACCAGAACCAGAGGGCUGCGUUUGGGUCCAACACCAAGCUGACGGUCCGACAGAUCCCACCGGAACUCAACAACAUCUCCAAGCUUAACCAACACUUCAGCAAGUUCGGGACGAUCGUCAACUUACAGGUUGGACUGGUCGGCUAACAACACCUUUCUGCUUUAGGCUGGAAUGAUUUUGGAAGUAUGGCACCCUAUUCCCCAAUAUAGUGCACUACUGCUCAGUGAGUGAGGGUUAACCUAACCCCCCCCCCCCCCCUCCCCUCUAGGUGACCUAUGGUAGUGACCCGGAGGGUGCCCUGAUCCAGUUUGGCUGUCACGAGGAGGCUAAACGGGCCAUGCAGAGUCCCGAGGCCGUUCUCAACAACCGCUUUAUUAGGGUCCACUGGCACCGUGAGGACGGGACGGGACCGCAACAGGGGACGGGACCGCAACAGGGGACGGGACCGCAACAGGGGACGGGACCACAACAGGGGACGGGACCGCAACAGGGGACGGGACCGCAACAGGGGACGGGACCACAACAGGGGACGGGUCCGCAACAGGGGACGGGACCGCAGGGGCAGCAACACCAUCAACCACACUCACUCAUGGUAAGGCUACAUCCCAAAUAGCACCCUGUUCCCUAUAAUAGUGCACUACUUUUGACUAGAGCCCUAUGGACCGGGGGGUCAAAAGUGGUGCACUUGGAUUUAGGAAGCACCUUUUCAUCAGACGGCCAUUUUGCCCAAUGCCACUGAUUAUUAGCGGCCUCAGUUUUAGACUCUAAUUUUAGGACCCAGAGUUUUUCCUGCUGGUUGGGUCAAACAGCAACGUAAUGGACCUUCUAUGUUAUGUUGUUGACCUUGUUUGUUUGUUGUUGUUGUUGUGUGAACUCCAGCAGGUGCAGCAGCCAGCCACUAGUCUGAAACAGUCAGUCAAAGACCGCCUGGGCCCUCUGCCUUCUGACAGCUCAGAGCCCAACCAAGACUCUAGUGUUGCCUCUCAGAAUGCCUUCAAAUCUAACCUAUCGGUGAAGGAGAGGCUGGGCUUCCCCUCUAAACCAGGAAGUAACCCUAGUGGACCGGCAGGAAAGGUGAGAGGGGGAAAAAAAACGGUCCUCCUCUUCUCUUUUUCAAUAUAUUGACAGUUCUCUGUGUUGAUGGUGGAAUGAUCUAGAAGAGUCUCUCUCUCCCUGAGUGACUUUACUUGGUAACUCUUUUGUAGAAAAUUCCCUUCUCCCACUCUUGACUGAUUUUUCGUAGGAAAUCCCGCCUCUUCCGAGGUAGAUUGGAUAGAGAUAGGCUAAUGGGGAAUUUUCUACAACUGUACCUUUUUUAAAGGAAAAAUCCACUCAAACUAUCUUUUGGUAUUUUCUUUUCCGUUAGUCCACUGUUGAUACAGUCCCAAAAUGUUUUUCAUGUCAGCGGUCACGUUUUCAAGAUAUUGGACUUUGAAGAAGCAUUGGGAGAAUCUCAAUUGCAUACUCCUUGCGUCCUCUCUCCUCACCACCACCGCCUCAAAACUCCAUUGGAUGAGAAAGCUAGAGGUCCCGCCCAUCUGACCACCUCCUCCAAUGGGUUUUCAGGAGGUGAGGAGAGAGGACUCGGAGUAUGCAAAGUGUCCCUUGCCUCGUCAUCAUGAUGUACGUUUUGCCUCGUCUGACGUGGUUAAGGGACACUCUGCUUCUUCAAAGUCCAAUAUCUUGAAAACUUGACUGCUGACAUGCAAAACAUUUUGGGACAAUAGUGGAAUAAUGUAAAAAAUAUAUAUAAAUAUAGUUUAAUACAAUUAACUGGACCUCCAUCAGGUGUUCUCCUAUAUAUAACAGUCCAACCCAUCAGGUGUUCUCCUAUAUAACGUCCACAGUUAUAACAGUAGUAAUAAUACCAUUAACUGGACCUCCAUCAGGUGUUCUCCUAUAUAAGUCCACAGUAUAACAGUAGUAAUAAUACAUUAACUGGACCUCCAUCAGGUGUUCUCCUAUAUAAGUCCACAGUAAUAAACAGUAGUAAUAAUACCAUUAACUGGACCUCCAUCAGGUGUUCUCCUAUAUAAGUCCACAGUAUAACAGUAGUAAUAAUACCAUUAACUGGACCUCCAUCAGGUGUUCUCCUAUAUAAGUCCACAGUAUAACAGUAGUAAUAAUACCAUUAACUGGACCUCCAUCAGGUGUUCUCCUAUAUAAGUCCACAGUAUAACAGUAGUAAUAAUACCAUUAACUGGACCUCCAUUCAGGUGUUCUCCUAUAUAAGUCCACAGUAUAACAGUAGAAUAAUACCAUUAACUGGACCUCCAUCAGGUGUUCUCCUAUAUAAGUCCACAGUAUAACAGUUAAGUAAUAAUACCAUUAACUGGGACCUCCAUCAGGUGUUCUCCUAUAUAAGUCCACAGUAUAACAGUAGUAAUAAUACCAUUAACUGGACCUCCAUCAGGUGUUUCUCCUAUAUAAGUCCACAGUAUAACAGUAGUAAUAAUACCAUUAAACUGGAGCCUCCAUCAGGUGUUCUCCUAUAUAAGUCCCACAGUAUAACAGUAGUAAUAAUACCAUUAACUGGACCUCCAUCAGGUGUUCUCCUAUAUAAGUCCACAGUAUAACAGUAGUAAUAAUACAUUAACUGGACCUCCAUCAGGUGUUCUCCUAUAUAAGUCCACAGUAUAACAGUAGUAAUAAUACCAUUAACUGGACCUCCUCAUCAGGUGUUCUCCUAUAUAAGUCCACAGUAUAACAGUAGUAAUAAUACCAUUAACUGGACCUCCAUCAGGUGUUCUCCUAUAUAAGUCCACAGUAUAACAGUAGUAAUAAUACCAUUAACUGGACCUCCAUCAGGUGUUCUCCUAUAUAAGUCCACAGUAUAACAGUAGUAAUAAUACCAUUAACUGGACCCUCCAUCAGGUGUUCUCCUAUAUAAGUCCACAGUAUAACAGUAGUAAUAAUACCAUUAACUGGACCUCCAUCAGGUGUUCUCCUAUAUAAGUCCACAGUAUAAACAGUAGUAAUAAUACCAUUAACUGGACCUCCAUCAGGUGUUCUCCUAUAUAAGUCCACAGUAUAACAGUAGUAAUAAUACCAUUAACUGGACCUCCAUCAGGUGUUCUCCUAUAUAAGUCCACAGUAUAACAGUAGUAAUAAUACCAUUAACUGGACCUCCAUCAGGUGUUCUCCUAUAUAAGUCCACAGUAUACAGUAGUAAUAAUACCAUUAACUGGACCUCCAUCAGGUGUUCUCCUAUAUAAGUCCACAGUAUAACAGUAGUAAUAAUACCAUUAACUGGACCUCCAUCAGGUGUUCUCCUAUAUAAGUCCCACAGUAUAACAGUAGUAAUAAUACCAUUAACUGGACCUCCAUCAGGUGUUCAUCCUAUAUAAGUCCACAGUAUAACAGUAGUAAUAAUAUCAUUAACUGGACCUCCAUCAGGUGUUCUCCUAUAUAAGUCACAGUAUAACAGUAGUAAUAAUACCUCCUCUCCAUCAGGUGUUCUCCUAUAUAAGUCCACAGUAUAACAGUAGUAAUAAUACCAUUAACUGGACCUCCAUCAGGUGUUCUCCUAUAUAAGUCCACAGUAUAACAGUAGUAAUAAUACCAUUAACUGGACCUCCAUCAGGUGUUCUCCUAUGUAAGUCCACAGGAUAACAGUAGUAAUAAUACCAUUAACUGGACCUCCAUCAGGUGUUCUCCUAUAUAAGUCCACAGUGUAACAGUAGUAAUAAUACCAUUAACUGGACUUCCAUCAGGUGUUCUCCUAUAUAAGUCACAGUAUAACAGUAGUAAUAAUACCAUUAACUGGACCUCCAUCAGGUGUUCUCCUAUAUAAGUCCACAGUAUAACAGUAGUAAUAAUACCAUUAACUGGAGCUCCAUCAGGUGUUCUCCUAUAUAAGUCCACAGUAUAACAGUAGUAAUAAUACCAUUAACUGGACCUCCAUCAGGUGUUCUCCUAUAUAAGUCCACAGUAUAACAGUAGUAAUAAUACCAUUAACUGGACCUCCAUCAGGUGUUCUCCUAUAUAAGUCCACAGUAUAACAGUAGUAAUAAUACCAUUAACUGGACCUCCAUCAGGUGUUCUCCUAUAUAAGUCCACAGUAUAACAGUAGUAAUAAUACCAUUAACUGGACCUCCAUCAGGUGUUCUCCUAUAUAAGUCCACCUAUAACAGUAGUAAUAAUACCAUUAACUGGGACCUCCAGGUUCCUCCCCAGAUAAAGUAGUAAUAUCAUUAACUGGACCUCCAUCAGGUGUUCUCCUAUAUAAGUCCACAGUAUAACAGUAGUAAUAAUACCAUUAACUGGACCUCCAUCAGGUGUUCUCCUAUAUAAGUCCACAGUAUAACAGUAGUAAUAAUACCAUUAACUGGACCUCCAUCAGGUGUUCUCCUAUAUAAGUCCACAGUAUAACAGUAGUAAUAAUACCAUUAACUGGACCUCCAUCAGGUGUUCUCCUAUAUAAGUCCACAGUAUAACAGUAGUAAUAAUACCAUUAACUGGACCUCCAUCAGGUGUUCUCCUAUAUAAGUCCACAGUAUAACAGUAGUAAUAAUACCAUUAACUGGACCUCCAUCAGGUGUUCUCCUAUAUAAGUCCACAGUAUAACAGUAGUAAUAAUACCAUUAACUGGACCUCCAUCAGGUGUUCUCCUAUAUAAGUCCACAGUAUAACAGUAGUAAUAAUACCAUUAACUGGACCUCCAUCAGGUGUUCUCCUAUAUAAGUCCACAGUGUAACAGUAGUAAUAAUACCAUUAACUGGACCUCCAUCAGGUGUUCUCCUAUAUAAGUCCACAGUGUAACAGUAGUAAUAAUACCAUUAACUGGACCUCCAUCAGGUGUUCUCCUAUAUAAGUCCACAGUAUAACAGUAGUAAUACUACCAUUAACUGGACCUCCAUCAGGUGUUCUCCUAUAUAAGUCCACAGUAUAACAGUAGUAAUAAUAUCAUUAACUGGACCUCCAUCAGGUGUUCUCCUAUAUAAGUCCACAGUAUAACAGUAGUAAUAAUACCAUUAACUGGACCUCCAUCAGGUGUUCUCCUAUAUAAGUCCACAGUGUAACAGUAGUAAUAAUACCAUUAACUGGACCUCCUCUCCAUCAGGUGUUCUCCACCUCUACGGGGCUGACUAAGACAGUUUACAACAUGGCUGCUCUGAAAGCAGCUCAGAAGACUGCUCUGUUUGCUGGGGUCACUGCCACAGAGGAGGCUAUGAAGAACAAACAGGUGAGAGAGGAAGAUGGGGCCAGCGAGGGGGAUGGAUGGAUGAGGAUAGAGGGGGGGGACCUUGGAUGGAUGGAAUGGAGGAAGGAGGAUGAGAGGGUGGGAUGGAUGGUGGAGGGAGAGGGUGGGUGGGUGGAUGGAGGAGGAGAGGGUGGGAUGGAUGGAGGAGGAGAGGGUGGGAUGGAUGGAGGAGGAGGAGAGGGUUGGGAUGGUUGGAUGGAGGAGGGGGUGGGUGGGAUGUGGAUGUGAGGGAGGGAGGGGGGGGGUGGAUGGAGGAAGGAGAGGGUUGGGUAUGGAUGGAGGAGGAGGGGGGGGGUCGGAUGGAUGGAGGGAGGAGGGGUGGCCGGUGGCCGGUGGGAUGGGAUGGAUGCAGCAAGGGUGGGGUGGAUGGAGGAGGAGAGGGUGGGGGAUAGAUGGAGGAGGAGAGGGUGGGAUGGAUGGAGGAUGAGGGGUGGGAUAGAUGGGAGGAGAGGGGGUGGAUUGGAGGAGGAGGAGGGUGGGAUGGUGGAGGUGGAGGGUGGUGAUUGUUAUGUGCUCGGAGGUUGGGUUUUGGUCGGAGGUGUGGCUGCUGGUGGCGUGGGGUGGCUGUUAGCGCUGCGUUUGGGUGGAGGCUGGUUAGGACUGUGGAUGGAUGCGUGGGUUGGUGUGACUGCGUCUUAUGGGAGGUGGGAUUGAUGUGUUGAAGGGAGGAUUUGGGGAGGGGAGAGUGGGGAUGGAUGGAUGGAGGACGGAUGGAUGUGGAGGCUUGAGGAGAGGUUGGGAUGGAGGUUGCAGGAGUGGUCUGUGUGAGGGUGGUGAUGGAUGGACGGAGGAGGAGAGUGAUUGGGUUGGAGGCAGUGGUGGGAUGAGAGGUCAGUCGGGUGAUUGAUUCGGGGGGGGAGGGGUGGGUGGGAUGGAUGGAGGAGAGGGUGGGAUUGAGGUUGAGGAGAGGGUGGGAUGGAUGGUAGGAGGAAGGAGAGGGUGGGAUGGAUGGAGGAGAGGAUGGGAUGGAUGGAGGUUGAGGAGAGGGUGGGAUGGAGGUUGAGGAGAGGGUGGGAUGGAUGGAGGAGAGGGUGGGAUGGAUGGAGGAGGAGAGGGUGGGAUGGAUGGAGGAGGAGAGGGUGGGACUAAGGAGGACGAGAUGGAGGAGAAGGGGGAAAUGAGGGUUAGGGUGGAGGGGUCAUGGUCUUUCAUCUCUAAUCCUAUAAGGAGACUUCUGGGGAAAGAGUCUGAACAUAACAGUUGGCUUUAUGUAACACUUUUCCAGACGCUCAAAGCACUUUACCAUGGUUGUGGAUGAGGUGAAUUAUCACUUUAAUAUUUCCCAUGAUUCCCCUGACAGGAAGCCCUGCGGCUCCAACAGGAAAUGAGGAAAAAGAAGCAGGAAAUCCUGGAGAAGCACAUCGAGACUCAGAAGGUGAGUUUUUUUCCCCAUAGAGAAUGAUAGAGGUUUCUAGUGGCCAAAAGUCCGUUUAAGCGUGGGCAGCGCCGUGAAGGGCUUCCACCGUGCUUCUGCCAUUUUAAAGUAGUCAACGGGUUGGGGAUUCCUAUGGGUUGUAGCCCUGCCCACGCUGGCACAGACACUGGGAAUGGCACAGAUAUAAAGAUGAGUCCUCCAUCUAUCUCUAUGGUUUUUCCUCACCAUGGGCUCAAAUCAUCUGUCCUCGAUUCCCAUCUCCUCGAUUCCCAUCUCCUCGAUUCCCAACUCCUUGAUUCCCAACUCCUCGAUUCCUAUCUCCUUUCCUUCUCCAAACCCAUUGGAGGAGAAGGUCUGAGGAGAGGAGAUGAGGUGGCAUGAGAAGUAAUCCUGAAAAUGUAUCCCCCCCCGGCCCCUGAAAAGGUUGCCGGUGUCACCGUUCUGUCUACUCUCCAUGUUCCAGCUGUUGAUCUGUAAGCUGGAGAAGAACAAGGCCAUGAAGCCAGAGGACAAGGCAGUGAUUAUGACAACGCUGGGGACCCUCACCAAGAGUAUUACCAAACUACAGCAGGAGAUCAAAGGGAUCUCUAACCCUUCAGCACUACGGGGGCCACCCAAGAGCAAGACUCAGGUACGCUCACCACUAUAACCCGAUCGUCAUGGCUUAUUCAAACGGUAACGUGUCAUUUAGCCAAAAAACUAAACCAGCUUCCUGAAGAGGCAGCAACGGCAGGGGGGGGAGCCCCUGUCUUGAGAGUGUCAGGGCUCGACAAACAGGAGAGGUUUUGGACACCGUCCGGUUCAGUCCCAUCCAUCCCCAACAGUGGCCCACUUGGGCCUGUGUACAAAUAAAUAUGGUAAUAAUGCUAUUUUUAAUGUAGGCUGUAUGAUGGAUGAAUAAACCUAGGCAAUAUAAUUGAUUUAUAAAAACGGAUUGAUUCCUGAAGCUGUUCGUUAUGUCGAUUUUAUUAAUCACACGCGUGCUGUACACACAUCCUAUAGAUAACCUGUCAGGCAGAGAGAGGGUGCAGCUGUUUUACGGUGCUGUACACAUAUCCUAUAGAUAACCUGUCAGGCAGAGAGAGGGUGCAGCUGUUUUACGGUGCUGUACACAUAUCCUAUAGAUAACCUGUCAGGCGGAGAGAGGGUGCAGCUGUUUACGGUGCUGCACACACAUCCUAUAGAUAACCUGUCAGGCAGAGAGAGAGAGGGUGCAGCUGUUUUACGGUGCUGUACACAUAUCCUAUAGAUAACCUGUCAGGCGGAGAGAGGGUGCAGCUGUUUACGGUGCUGUACACACAUCCUAUAGAUAACCUGUCAGGCAGAGAGAGAGGGUGCAGCUCUCAAACAGCUGCUUGUUACGUGGAGCGAAGUGGUGGCAGGGGAAGAUGUUCCAAGUUCUGGUUUCUACCAGUAAAUGCCAAGGCGAGAAUGGGAAGGGCAAACCAGCUAUUUAAAAAGUUCAACGUCUUGGUUGAAUAUUUGCGUUGCGCAAUUCGGUCAUCAUGGAAUAACCAUAACCUAGCUUGAAAAUCUUGACAUUUCCUCUAGACUCUUUGGUCCUUUUAAAAGUCAUUAGAAGUUAUGGUAGCACAUUUUAGAAGUUCCAAUAUAAUUAUUCCGUCAUUUUCUUAUCUGAACAGUUUUUAAUGAGUGAUUUUGUUUCCCGCCGUUUAAAUUGAAUGGUGUUGCUCCAGUCCGUUGCGCUUGUUGCAGUAAAACCAUGUGCUGUUCUUAUGAGCAAGACAACGUCCAAUCUUUUUGCUUCAACUUGGUUUUCCAUACAAAGCGUUCCGUUACGAAGGGAACGUCGUUUUUUUGGUGGCGUUCUCGUUUUUAAAACAUGACCCCCCCCUCCAAUAACUCUUCAACAUCACAAAUGGCGAGACUGACUAUCUGCCACACAGACAGACUGCAUCAGGGUGUUUAUCAGACUGACUAUCUACCACAGACAGACUGCAUCAGGGUGUUUAUCAGACUGACUAUCUACCACAGACAGACUGCAUCAGGGUGUUUAUCAGACUGACUAUCUACCACCAGACAGACUGCAUCAGGGUUGUUUAUCCAGACUGACUAUCUACCACACAGACAUACUGCAUCAGGGUGUUUAUCAGACUGACUAUCUACCACACAGACAGACUGCAUCAGGGUGUUUAUCAGACUGACUAUCUACCACAGACAGACUGCAUCAGGGUGUUUAUCAGACUGACUAUCUACCACACAGACAGACUGCAUCAGGGUGUUUAUCAGACUGACUAUCUACCACAGACAGACUGCAUCAGGGUGUUUAUCAGACUGACUAUCUACCACACAGACAGACUGCAUCAGGGUGUUUAUCAGACUGACUAUCUACCACACAGACAGACUGCAUCAGGGUGUUUAUCAGACUGACUAUCUACCACACAGACAGACUGCAUCAGGGUGUUUAUCAGACUGACUAUCUACCACACAGACAGACUGCAUCAGGGUGUUUAUCAGACUGACUAUCUACCACAGACAGACUGCAUCAGGGUGGGCUUCUCUGGAUCAUGAUUCUAAAUCAUUUAUAAUUUUAAUUUAUUUAUUUUCUUCUAAAUAAUCUACAUUUCUCAGAUUUUUCCCAGCCCUAAAAAAUGGUCUCCUGAUGUGGUUUAAGCGUUGUUGUGGACGUAGAACUUCCAAUGUUGUAGUUUUUCUGUUAAGUGAUUUUUGAGAAUGAAAACUUAAAAAAAAAAAAAAAAAUCAGUUCUCCCCUUUUGUUUAACGUGGCGUCUCUUUUGGUAUCAAGUAUUGGUUCAUUUAGUUCUGCCUUCUAGGGGAUUUAGCAGAGAACAACACAUGGCAGUUUGAAAUCUGCAGUGAAUCCAUUUGGUCUCUUUUUCUUUGCUGUUGCAGUAAAUCUAUUCAAUAAAAUGGAAGAACACAAAGGGCAUGUUAAUUUAAAAGAUGGCUAGUCAUUAUUAGCCUGGUUCUGUAUGAACAUUUUACAUUUUAGUCAUUUAGCAGACGCUCUUAUCCAGAGCGACUUACAGUUAGUGAGUGCAUACAUUAUUUUUUUAUUUUAUUUUUUUGAAUUUGUUUUAUUUUUUAUUUUUGUUUUAUAUUUUUCAUACUGGACCCCCGUGGGAAUCGAACCCACAACCCUGGCGUUGCAAACGCCAUGCUCUACCAACUGAGCUACAUCCCUGCCGGCCAUUCCCUCCCCUACCCUGGACGACGCUGGGCCAAUUGUGUGCCGCCCCCAUGGGUCUCCCGGUCGCGGCCGGCUAUGACAGAGCCUGGAUUCGAACCAGGAUCUCUAGUGGCACAGCUAGCACUGCGAUGCAGUGCCUUAGACCACUGCGCCACUCGGGAGACUGAACCCUGCACACACACACACACACACACACACACACACCACGUGUGUGGCUCAAUUGGUAGAGCAUGGCGGUUGCAACGCCAGGGUUGUGGGUUCGAUUCCCACGGGGGAACCAGUACAAAAAUGUAUGCGCUCACUUCUGUAAGUCUCUGGAUAAGAGCGUCCUGCUAAAGGACGUAAACGUAACAAGCUAACAGAAAAUAUGCCAAGCAGUUUUGGAGAAAGAGGAGUGUGAAAUGUUUUCUCCUGUCUGUCUCUCUGUCUCUCUCUCUGUCUCUCUGUCUCUCUGUCUGUCUGUCUGUCUGUCUGUCUGUCUGUCUGUCUGUCUGUCUGUCUGUCUGUCUGUCUGUCUCUCUCUCUCUCUGUCUGUCUCUGUCUGUCUGUCUCUCUGUCUCUCUGUAUGUCUGUCUGUCUGUCUGUCUGUCUGUAGGCUCAGAAGGAGUUGCUGGACACAGAACUGGACCUUUAUAAGAAGAUCCAGUCAGGAGAAGACGCUGUUCAACUGAAGAUCAGAUACACACAACUACAGUUAGAGGUAAGGUUCAACUGAAGGUCAGAUGGACAGUUACAUCUAUCUGAUGAACUAGCAUUCACCUUCAAUCACUUACAUGUUCAAUGUGUACCAAUUCAUAUACUGUCUCUGUUCAGCCACUUGGGGGUGCUCACACACUGCGUUUUCUUCUUCAUGGCUCUGUUGCAUCUUAUAGCUUGCAUUGUGUGUGUGUGUGUGUUGAGGUAACAUUUGAGCAUCCUGUGGCUGUCCCCCCCCCUCUCCUCUCCAGGCAGCUAAGAGGGGGAUCCUGGCUCCAGGGCGGGGCAGAGGGGCCCAUGCUAGAGGCCGUGGGUCCCUGAGGAGCAGGGGUAGGGGUAGGGGGUGCCGGGGUAGGGGUCUCCCUGCCCACUCCACGGUAGACCACAGACCCAGAGCCCUGGAGAUCUCUGGCUUUACAGACGCUGACCUCCAGGACCUGCUGCCGCACUUCGCUGUAAGUUGGACUUCUGUCUGGUUUAAACUAGUUUUAAUGAACCCCUGUCUGGUUUAAACUAGUUUUUGAUGUAACCCCAUGUCCGGUUUGAAAACUAGUUUUUAAUGGACCCCUGGUCUGGUUUUAAAACUAGUUUUAAUGAACCCCUGUCUGGUUUAAACUAGUUUUAAUGAACCCCUGUCUGGUUUUUAAACUAGUUUUAAUGAACCCCCUGUCUGGUUUAAACAUAGUUUUAAUGAACCCCUGUCUGGUGUUUAAAACUAGUUUUAAUGAACCCCUGUCUGGUUUAAACUAGUUUUAAUGAGCCCGGUCUGGUUUAAACUAGUUUUAAUGAGCCCUGUCCUGGUUUAAACUAGUUUAAUGAACCCCUGUCUGGUUUAAACUAGUUUUAAUGAACCCCUGUCUGGUUUAAACUAGUUUUAAUGAACCCCUGUCUGGUUUAAACUAGUUUUAAUGAACCCCUGUCUGGUUUAAACUAGUUUUAAUGAACCCCUGUCUGGUUUAAACUAGUUUUAAUGAACCCCUGGUCUGGUUUAAAACUAGUUUUAAUGAACCCCUGUCUGGUUUAAACUAGUUUUAAUGAACCCCUGUUCCUGGUUUAAACUAGUUUUAAUGAACCCCUGUCUGGUUUAAACUAGUUUUAAUGAACCCCUGUCUGGUUUAAACUAGUUUUAAUGAACCCCUGUCUGGUUUAAAACUAGUUUUAAUGAACCCCCUGUCUGGUUUUAAACUGUUUUAAUGCACCCCUGUCUGGUUUAAACUAGUUUUAAUGAACCCCUGUCUGGUUUAAACUAGUUUUAAUGAACCCCUGUCUGGUUUAAACUAGUUUUAAUGAACCCCUGUCUGGUUUAAACUAGUUUUAAUGAACCCUGUCUGGUUUAAACUAGUUUUAAUGAACCCCUGUCUGGUUUUAAACUAGUUUUAAUGAACCCCUGUCUGGUUUUUAAACUAGUUUUAAUGAACCCCUGUCUGGUUUAAACUAGUUUUAAUGAACCCCUGUCUGGUUUAAACUAGUUUUAAUGAACCCCUGUCUGGUUUUUAAACUAGUUUUAAUGAACCCCUGUCUGGUUUUAAACUAGUUUUAAUGACCCCUGUCUGGUUUAAACUAGUUUUAAUGAACCCUGUCUGGUUUUAAACUAGUUUUAAUGAACCCUGGUCUGGUUUUAAAACUAGUUUUAAUGAACCCUGUCUGGUUUAUAACUAGUUUUAAUGAACCCCUGUCUGGUUUAAAACUAGUUUUAAUGAACCCCUGUCUGGUUUUAAACUAGUUUUAAUGAACCCCUGUCUGGUUAAACUAGUUUUAAUGAACCCCUGUCUGGUUUUUAAACUAGUUUUAAUGAACCCCUGUCUGGUUUAAACUAGUUUUAAUGAACCCUGUCUGGUUUAAAACUAGUUUUAAUGAACCCCUGUCUGGUUUAAACUAGUUUUAAUGAGACCACUGUCUGGUUUAAACUAGUUUCCUGUCUGUUUUUUUAAACUAGUUUUAAUGAACCCCUGUCUGGUUUUAAACUAGUUUUAAUGAACCCCUGUCUGGUUUAAACUAGUUUUAAUGACCCCUGUCUGGUUUUUUUUAAACUAGUUUUAAUGAACCCCUGUCUGGUUUUUAAACUAGUUUUAAUGAACCCUGUCUGGUUUAAACUAGUUUUAAUGAACCCCUGUCUGGUUUAAACUAGUUUAAGAACCCCUGUCUGUUUUAUUUAUUAAACUAGUUUUAAUGAACCCCUUGUCUGGUUUUUAAAUAGUUUUAAUGAACCCCUGUCUGGUUUAAACUAGUUUUAAUGAACCCCUGUCUUGUUUAAACUAGUUUUAAUAAACCCCUGUCUGGUUUAAACUAGUUUUAAUGAACCCCUGUCUGGUUUAAACUAGUUUUAAUGAACCCCUGUCUGGUUUAAACUAGUUUUAAUGAACCCCUGUCUGGUUUAAACUAGUUUUAAUGAACCCCUGUCUGGGUUUAAACUAGUUUUUAAUGAACCCCUGUCUGGUUUUAAACUAGUUUUAAUGAACCCCCUGUCUGGUUUAAACUAGUUUUAAUGAACCCCUGUCUGGUUUAAACUAGUUUUAAUGAAACCCCUGUCUGGUUUAAACUAGUUUUAAUGGAACCCUGUCUGGUUUAACUAGUUUUAAUGAACCCCUGUCUGGUUUAAACUAGUUUUUAAUGAACCCCUGUCUGGUUUAAACUAGUUUUAAUGAACCCCUGUCUGGUUUAAACUAGUUUUAAUGAACCCCUGUCUGGUUUAAACUAGUUUUAAUGAAACCCCCUGUCUGGUUUAAACUAGUUUUAAUGAACCCCUGUCUGGUUUAAACUAGUUUUAAUGAACCCCUGUCUGGUUUAAACUAGUUUUAAUGAACCCCUGUCUGGUUUAAAACUAGUUUUAAUGAACCCCUGUCUGGUUUAAACUAGUUUUAAUGAACCCCUGUCUGGUUUAAACUAGUUUUUAAUGAACCCCUGUCUGGUUUAAAACUAGUUUUUAAUGAACCCCUUCUGGUUAACACUAGUUUUAAUGAACCCUGUCUGGUUUAAACUAGUUUUAAUGAACCCGGUCUGGUUUAAACUAGUUUUUAAUGAACCCAGUCUGGGUUUAAACUAGUUUUAAUGAAGCCCCUGUCUGGUUUAAACUAGUUUUAAUGAGCCCCUGUCUGGUUUAAGCUAGUUUUAAUGAACCCCUGUCUGGUUAAACUAGUUUUAAUGAACCCCUGUCUGGUUUAAACUAGUUUAAUUGAGCCCCGUCUGUUAACUAGUUUUAUGAAACCCCUGUCUGGUUUAAACUAGUUUUUAAUUGAACCCCUGUCUGGUUUAAACUAGUUUUAAUGAACCCCUGUCUGGUUUAAACUAGUUUUAAUGAACCCUGUCUGGUUUUUUUGUAUUUUUUUAAACUAGUUUUAAUGAACCCCUGUCUGGUUUAAAUAGUUUUAAUGAACCCUGUCUGGUUUAACAGUUUUAUGAUUUUUAAAUAGUUUAAUAACCCCUGUCUGGUUUAAACUAGUUUUAAUGACCCCUGUCUGGUUUUUUUUUAAACUAGUUUUUAAUGACCCUUCUGGUUUUUAAACUAGUUUUAAUGAACCCCUGUCUGGUUUAAACUAGUUUUAAUGAACCCCUGUCUGGUUUAAACUAGUUUUAAUGAACCCCUGUCUGGUUUAAGCUAGUUUUAAUGAACCCCUGUCUGGUUUAAGCUAGUUUUAAUGAACCCCUGUCUGGUUUAAGCUAGUUUUAAUGAACCCCUGUCUGGUUUAAGCUAGUUUUAAUGAACCCCUGUCUGGUUUAAGCUAGUUUUAAUGAACCCUGUCUGGUUUAAGCUAGUUUUAAUGAACCCCUGUCUGGUUUAAAGCUAGUUUUAAUGAACCGUUGUAAGCUAGUUUUUAAUGAACCCCUGUCUGGUUUAAGCUAGUUUUAAUGAACCCCUGUCUGGUUUAAGCUAGUUUUAAUGAAGCCCUGUCUGGUUUAAACUAGUUUUAAUGAAGCCCUGUCUGGUUUAAACUAGUUUUAAUGAAGCCCUGUCUGGUUUAAGCUAGUUUUAAUGAAGCCCUGUCUGGUUUAAGCUAGUUUUAAUGAAGCCCUGUCUGGUUUAAACUAGUUUUAAUGAAGCCCUGUCUGGUUUAAACUAGUUUUAAUGAACCCCUGUCUGGUUUAAACUAGUUUUAAUGAACCCCGGUCUGGUUUAAACUAGUUUUAAUGAACCCGGUCUGGUUUAAACUAGUUUUAAUGAACCCGGUCUGGUUUAAACUAGUUUUAAUGAGCCCUGUCUGGUUUAAACUAGUUUUAAUGAACCCGGUCUGGUUUAAACUAGUUUUAAUGAACCCCUGUCUGGUUUAAACUAGUUUUAAUGAACCCCUGUCUGGUUUAAACUAGUUUUAAUGAACCCCUGUCUGGUUUAAACUAGUUUUAAUGAACCCCUGUCUGGUUUACAACUAGUUUUAAUGAACCCCUGUCUGGUUUACACUAGUUUUAAUGAACCCCUGUCUGGUUUAAACUAGUUUUAAUGUACCCCGGUCUGGUUUAAACUAGUUUUAAUGAACCCCUGUCUGGUUUAAACUAGUUUUAAUGAGCCCUGUCUGGUUUGAACUAGUUUUAAUGAACCCCUGUCUGGUUUAAACUAGUUUUAAUGAACCCCUGUCUGGUUUAAACUAGUUUUAAUGAACCCCUGUCUGGUUUAAACUAGUUUUAAUGAACCCCUGUCUGGUUUAAACUAGUUUUAAUGAACCCCUGUCUGGUUUACACUAGUUUUAAUGAACCCCUGUCUGGUUUACACUAGUUUUAAUGAACCCCUGUCUGGUUUAAACUAGUUUUAAUGUACCCCUGUCUGGUUUAAACUAGUUUUAAUGAACCCCUGUCUGGUUUAAACUAGUUUUAAUGAACCCCGGUCUGGUUUACACUAGUUUUAAUGAACCCCUGUCUGGUUUAAACUAGUUUUAAUGAACCCCGGUCUGGUUUACACUAGUUUUAAUGAACCCGGUCUGGUUUAAACUAGUUUUAAUGAGCCCUGUCUGGUUUAAACUAGUUUUAAUGAACCCUGUCUGGUUUAAACUAGUUUUAAUGAGCCCUGUCUGGUUUAAACUAGUUUUAAUGAACCCCUGUCUGGUUUAAACUAGUUUUAAUGAACCCCUGUCUGGUUUAAACUAGUUUUAAUGAGCCCUGUCUGGUUUAAACUAGUUUUAAUGAACCCGGUCUGGUUUAAACUAGUUUUAAUUAACCCCUGUCUGGUUUAAGCUAGUUUUAAUGAGCCCUGUCUGGUUUAAACUAGUUUUAAUGAACCAUGUCUGGUUUCUAUGAAUUUCAUUUGGAAUGUUUGUUGGAGAAAAUAGCUGUUAAAUUUCUUGAAAUUGUUGAAAACCAAAUGGUUGUCAGUAGUGCCCUGAUAUCGGUUUGCUUGGGUGAAUGAAUGAGUUCAGACUCCUGGACUAAGAGACCGGCGAGUUCAUAUUUUAUUCCAUCUUUCGUCUUGUUGUUCUCCUUUCUGCAGCAAUUUGGAGAGUUGGAGGACUGUCAGAUAGACGAUACUUCCUUUCUGGCUGUUAUCACCUACAGGAGCAGACCAGAGGCUGAACAGGUAAAGGGUUCAACACUGUCUUUCAACCUAAUGAUACACCGCUGGACAUUGAACCCAGUGAUACACCGCUGGACAUUGAACCCAGUGAUACACCACUGGACAUUGAACCCAUUGAACCCAGUGAUACACCAUUGAACCCAGUGAUACACCAUUGAACCCAGUGAUACACCAUUGAACCCAGUGAUACACCAUUGAACCCAGUGAUACACCAUUGAACCCAGUGAUACACCAUUGGACCCAGUGAUACACCAUUGAACCCAGUGAUACACAAUUGAACCCAGUGAUACACCGCUGGACAUUGAACCCAGUGAUACACCGCUGGACAUUGAACCCAGUGAUACACCGCUGGACAUUGAACCCAGUGAUACACCAUUGAACCCAUUGAUACACCAUUGAACCCAGUGAUACACCAUUGAACCCAGUGAUACACCAUUGAACCCAGUGAUACACCAUUGAACCCAGUGAUACACCAUUGAACCCAGUGAUACACCAUUGAACCCAGUGAUACACCAUUGAACCCAGUGAUACACCAUUGAACCCAGUGAUACACCAUUGAACCCAGUGAUACACCAUUGAACCCAGUGAUACACCGCUGGACAUUGAACCCAGUGAUACACCAUUGAACCCAGUGAUACACCACUGGACAUUGAACCCAUUGAACCCAGUGAUACACCAUUGAACCCAGUGAUACACCAUUGAACCCAGUGAUACACCAUUGAACCCAGUGAUACACCAUUGAACCCAGUGAUACACCACUUGACAUUGAACCCAGUGAUACACCAUUGAACCCAGUGAUACACCGCUGGACAUUGAACCCAGUGAUACACCAUUGAACCCAGUGAUACACCAUUGAACCCAGUGAUACACCACUGGACAUUGAACCCAGUGAUACACCAUUGAACCCAGUGAUACACCGCUGGACAUUGAACCCAGUGAUACACCAUUGAACCCAGUGAUACACCAUUGAACCCAGUGAUACACCACUGGACAUUGAACCCAGUGAUACACCGCUGGACAUUGAACCCAGUGAUACACCAUUGAACCCAUUGAUACACCAUUGAACCCAGUGAUACACCAUUGAACCCAGUGAUACACCAUUGAACCCAGUGAUACACCAUUGAACCCAGUGAUACACCAUUGAACCCAGUGAUACACCAUUGAACCCAGUGAUACACCAUUGAACCCAGUGAUACACCAUUGAACCCAGUGAUACACCAUUGAACCCAGUGAUACACCGCUGGACAUUGAACCCAGUGAUACACCAUUGAACCCAGUGAUACACCACUGGACAUUGAACCCAUUGAACCCAGUGAUACACCAUUGAACCCAGUGAUACACCAUUGAACCCAGUGAUACACCAUUGAACCCAGUGAUACACCAUUGAACCCAGUGAUACACCAUUGAACCCAGUGAUACACCACUUGACAUUGAACCCAGUGAUACACCAUUGAACCCAGUGAUACACCGCUGGACAUUGAACCCAGUGAUACACCAUUGAACCCAGUGAUACACCAUUGAACCCAGUGAUACACCACUGGACAUUGAACCCAGUGAUACACCAUUGAACCCAGUGAUACACCGCUGGACAUUGAACCCAGUGAUACACCAUUGAACCCAGUGAUACACCAUUGAACCCAGUGAUACACCGCUGGACAUUGAACCCAGUGAUACACCACUUGACAUUGAACCCAGUCAUCCUUUACCUUGUCCUCACGUCUUCCUCACUCUUUCUCUCCCUUCCUCUCCUCUCCUACUUGUCCGCUGUGUUCCCUCUCUCUCUCUCUCUCUCCUUCCUUCCUUUCCCUCCCUCCCGUAGGCGGCGGUGCACGGUGUUCGUCUGAACAGCAGCGAGUUGCGUCUGUCCUGGCACAAGCCUGCCGUCUCCCUGACCUCCCAGGAGCCUGACGAGCAGGAGCCAGAUCAUGACGAGGUGAAGGGGGUGUUGUUUUGACAGUUACGGAGUAAUGGAUGUUAAUGCUAAUGGUUGUAGAAGUGUUUGGAGAAUGAGUGUGUUUUGACAGUUACGGAGUAAUGGAUGUUAAUGCUAAUGGUUGUAGAAGUGUUUGGAGAAUGAGUGUGUUUUGACAGUUACGGAGUAAUGGAUGUUAAUGCUAAUGGUUGUAGAAGUGUUUGGAGAAUGAGUGUGUUUUGACAGUUACGGAGUAAUGGAUGUUAAUGCUAAUGGUUGUAGAAGUGUUUGGAGAAUGAGUGUGUUUUGACAGUUACGGAGUAAUGGAUGUUAAUGCUAAUGGUUGUAGAAGUGUUUGGAGAAUGAGUGUGUUUUGACAGUUACGGAGUAAUGGAUGUUAAUGCUAAUGGUUGUAGAAGUGUUUGGAGAAUGAGUGUGUUUUGACAGUUACGGAGUAAUGGAUGUUAAUGCUAAUGGUUGUAGAAGUGUUUGGAGAAUGAGUGUGUUUUGACAGUUACGGAGUAAUGGAUGUUAAUGCUAAUGGUUGUAGAAGUGUUUGGAGAAUGAGUGUGUUUUGACAGUUACGGAGUAAUGGAUGUUAAUGCUAAUGGUUGUAGAAGUGUUUGGAGAAUGAGUGUGUUGGGCACAGCGAUUCACAGGUAAGGCUUUCUCAAAGGCCACACUCAUCCGAUGAAAAAUGAGACAAUGGGAGGCAGAAAUGUAAGGUGGUUUGUUUCUCUAUUAGCUUGAUGCCUCACUAAAUGAUUCUGCUGCUCUGUCGUUCACUACGUACUUUAGUCUGAGACUGCCGUCGUCCAAGUCCUUUUUGUGGUGACGAGGCGCGCAGGAGAAGUUGUUCAAGACCUAAGUCAUCAGCGAUUUGGAUCAUCUCUAACCGAUCAGAGUAUCAAAGCCAAUAAAAACAUGUCAAAUCACUUUACCAACGUGUGUGUUCUGGCUCUGGUCCAACCCAUCGGUUUCUGGACAGGGUCAGACGGUCCCCGAAUGUGUUGGCAUUCGGUGAAAGGUACUCAGAUCCAGACUCAUUGAGGAGAAGAGGGCGGCAGGUAGCGUAGAGGUUAAGAGCGUUUGCUGGUUCAAAUCCCUGAGCCGACUAGGUGAAAAAUAUGCCGGCGUGCCCUUGAGCAAGGCACUUAACCCUAAUUGUUCCUGUAAGUCGCUCUGGAUAAGAGCAUCUGCUAAAUGACUAGAAUGUAAUGAAACUAACAUCCUUGGGCGUAGCGUUUGGCCAGAUCAAUGAGUUUGGAUAGCCAGGGAAUAUCUUUCUACCUUUUUUCAUUCAUUAUAAAAGUGUUUGUCUCACCCUGUCUUGUCCCUUUGUAGUUCCAGGAAGAGUCGCUGAUUGAUGAUGCGUUGCUACAGGACGACGAUGAGGAGGAUGAUGACAACGAGCCCCGCCCCUGGCGCAGAUGAAGACGGCCCUGAUUGGACGAAACGCUAACGCAACUUUUUAUUGCUUUGCAGUUUCUGAUUGGCUGUCUGUUUUUGAAACUUCUAGGUGCAUUUCACUAUGGUUAGAACCUAAACAGCUAAUUCAUUCUGUUGUACUGAUUCAAUAGAUUACUAGACAAAGUACUGUUGGAGGUUCAUGGAAAUACUGUUUUUUUUUUCUU